AUGGUAGUUGACGAUGUUGAUUGGGAAGACCUUGUUAUUGAGACCCUUGUUCUUCAUCAAGUAAAAGAUGAGGAAAUUGAGACGGGACAUUACAAUACCUUACUGGAUUUACAUAAAAUCUUGGAGAGAGGAGAUGUUUUUAAACAUACUUAA